AUGGGUUCUUCAGCUCCGCCUUCUGGCUCCGAUCCGUUGAAUGUGACAGCACCGACGGGAACAGAUCAAUACGAUAAUCCAUAUUUCUUGCACAGCAGCGAACUUGUUUUAGUCUCCGAUCGACUCUCUACGCCGUCGGAUUUUCACUCUUGGCGCAGAUCCGUGCGUAUGGCGUUGAAUGUGCGCAACAAAUUGGGAUUCAUCGAUGGUACGAUUUCUCGUCCUCCUCCAACUGAUAGGAAUUAUGGUGCGUGGUCUAGGUGUAACGAUAUUGUAGCGACUUGGUUGAUGAAUUCUGUAUCCAAGAAGAUUGGGCAAAGUCUCUUGCUCAUUUCCACUGCUGAAGGGAUUUGGAAUAAUUUGCUCUCUCGAUUCAAACAAGACGAUGUACCUAGGGUUUAUGAUAUUGAGCAGAAGCUGAGUAAAUUGGAACAAGGAUCAAUGGAUGUUUCCGCUUACUAUACAGAGUUGAUUAUUCUUUGGGAAGAGCAUAAGAACUAUGUCGAAUUGCCAGUUUGUACUUGUGACAAAUGUGAGUGUGAUGCUGCGUGCUUAUGGGAGAAAUUGCAGCAUAGGAGCCGUGUUACGAAGUUCUUGAUGGGUCUUAAUGAUGGACAUAUAGCAAAGACAGCCAAAAGAUUUUAA